UAUCAAAUCAUAAUCUUACAAUUAGAUAGAAUAUUAUAACAUAUAAUAUUCUAUUAACGAAUUUUAUUAAGAGUAUGUGUAUAAUAAAUAAUUUUAUUAUCGAAUAAAUGAUUUCAACAAAUGUACAAUCGUCUUAAUAAAACCAAAGACUAAACUAAGGAUAGAGAAAUAUUUAUAUGUUCAUAACUUCUAUAAAAUAUAAUUUAAAUUUUGAUUACUAUGCAAUAUUUACAAUAAUCGAAAUCCUGUAUUCAUUAGAAUAAAUUUUUCUCAAGUGAAUAUUAUUUAUCGUUUAUAGUCAAAAUACAAAAUUUUUUAUUUAAAUGAUUUAACUCAUUACAUCUUGUAAAAAAGUACUAAUGUUUUCUUCUCAUCAGUGUCGUUUAUUUUAUUAUUAUGAACACUAUAUUUACAUUACAUUGUAAAUGUAUCCUAGCACGGUAUCCUAUGUUACCUGGCAACUAGAUAUUACGUCAAUAAGGGAUUAAAAUGACUAAAAGUAUCGAGAAAAAUUUACACAAUAUGACGCUACCAAGAGAUAAGAAACACUGCACGACAUUUAAAUUUAUUUAAUAAAACCGCGUGAAAAAAAAUGUAUAUGACUUAAAAUCAAUUUAGAAUUAAAAUAUUGAGAAAUAUAUAUAUAUAUAUCGACGUGCUUAAAACCCUUUUUCUUUACUUUUUACGCAUUCGUUUGCGAUAAAGUAAUGCAAUCAACGAGGUACUCGAGGGUAUCUACGAAUUGAACGAAUGGCGCUGCAGUGGCCAUAUCGAUAAAGUAACUGCCGUCGCACGCGCCUAUCGGAGCCCCGUUCCUCCUCGCGUCCGCGGUUUCGCUUAGAAACGCACGGGAACGUCGACUAAACUGAUAUCCGUUCGAUUCUAAACACAUCCCUAACCUAUAAAGCAUACUUAAACGGGGUACCGCUCGUGCAACGGGAGUGGGAUCGGUGAUCGCGUACGCGUCGACGUCGGCGACGCGUGACGGCGCUACUGCUGGCCACGACUACUGCCACGAUGGCCGAGGGGGCUGACACAACAAACGAUAACGCCGCGAUGGAGAGUAUAGCCCGAGACAUCCUGGAGGUGCGUAACACGACGGCGAUUCCGCGGCUCGACCCGGUCAGUGCCGGAGGAGGUGGCGGCUCGUCCGCGGCGGGCGAGGCGGGUGCGCUGCAGUUUCAGGCGUCGCAGGUGAUCGCGCGGUUGGAACGAGCGGUGGAACGGGCGGCGGAAGGCGGCGACGACGGCGACUGCGACGGCGGCGGCGGCGGCGGUGGCGGCGGCACCACGUGGAACAAUCCCUCGGGAUUCCUGCUGCAGCCGAAGAAACCGGAUGAGAUCUUGGCGUCGAUACAGGGAUUGGUAGUUUACGAGGAUGCGCCACACGCAGCCGAGGCAGGAUCCACAGAUCCACCAAUCAACCAGGUCACAGCUCUGCCAGCCCUCACCGAGGCUGCGAGAUUAGCCUUGGUCACGCACACCAUUUCUGCAUAUGCAGUAGCGUUACCAAAGUUACACGCGCAAAAGCUUGCCGGUCGUCUCGCAGCCGACACGACGAGAUGGCUCAGUCACAUCUUCCGCUUCGUCGACUGUGCGUCGUCCUUCCACGAAGACCAUCUGGAAGGGCUGGUCAGAGUAACGCGACUCGCCUUACAUCGAAAAUACCCGCGAUACAUGGAGGAGGGCUUCACCGCGCUCACGUCACAGCCACCUCUGAUCUACAGCUCCGUCGCUGCACCUCUCGGCGUUGUUCAGCACCUAUGCAGACAGCUCUCUUUACCGCUGCACUGCAUCCGACCGAUCCCACAUAACACCAUGUUCGGCUCGAGGCACACCAUGGACAUCUCGGCGCUGGAACGACGUUUAGCGGAAGACACCCAGUCGAACAAUGUAACGCCGCUGCUGGUGCUGGCCGAGGCUGGCUCCGUGUUAACUGGUCACUGCGACAAUAUUACACGAUUACGAGCGAUAUGUGAUAAGUACAACGUCUGGCUGCAUCUCAGAGGACAUUCGUUGGCUGCGCUCGCGUUGAAUAAUUCGGCGAAGGAUUUGCCGUCAAAAAUAGCGGAUAGCAUUACAUUACCACUCGGAACAUGGCUAGGUAUACCUUCGCUACCAGUGGUUACAUUGUACAGAUUAGCAGAUAUCAAAGGUGGAAGACCGACCCCUAGAGACACUACCUUGUCUCUGGUCUCAGGACUGAUGGCAGAUUCACUGUCGAGACGACUGCCAACCUUACCGCUGUGGGCGGUUUUGCAGGUUUUAGGUCGGGACGGCGUGCAUAAUCGAUUUAAAAGAUGCUUCUUGGCUGUGGAAGAAUUGUACAAUAAAAUUAAAGAAUUCUCUUGUAUUAGAAUAUUGAGUCAACCGCCAGGUGGUGAAACAGAGUCUUACACUUUGAGCGAGUAUCUGGCAAAUCCCGUGAACAAUCUACAGUUAUUUGAAAUGGUAGCGAGCGUUAUAGUUUUCCAAUUCGUGCCUACGAAUAAAGAUCUGCAAACCACAGAGCGCGUGCUGCCCUACUACGACAAGCUGAAUUCCUGGCUGGGCCAGAUCCUUCAGCGGGACAUCGACAAUAUACAAAUAGAGCUCUGCGACAUAGAGCAGUGCGGUAUUGCGAUCCGCAUUUGCCCGCUGGAGAAUCUCGAUCAGCCGCCCACGAGUGACGACAUAGACAAUCUGGUGACCUGUCUCGAGCAGCAAAUAGAGAUACUACUAGCGACGGUGGAGCACAAAGACACCUUCGUGCGUCUAGUCUCGGAGAAUGAUUCCUUACACCUAGUGGAGAUGCCGGGUUGGGCGGGCUUGGGUGGUGUACGUUACGCUCCACCUACGUGGAUUCACGUUAUGACCGAUCAGGCAAGGGAAGAAUUGAACAAACUGAACACGCAGCUGGUCGAGACCCUGCGCAGCACGGACGCCGCAUUCUCUCUCGGGGAAGGCGCGGACGGUCUAGCUUGCGUACGAUUCGGCAUGGUGACGCAAGACACAGACGUAGCCGACCUAUUAUCCUUGGUACUCCAAGUCGGUCAGGAAGUUGAAGCCAGCUCCAAGAUGAUGGACACGAUCUCCGAAGUGGUCAAACGAGGUAUUGAGACGGCGCAAACGGAUCUGGAGAGAGAAAACGCGGAGAAACUGUGGCAGGAAGGUAUCCUCAGGCACGUUCCCGUAGUAGGAACCUUCGUCAAUUGGUGGAAUCCCAUUUCGAAGGAGACGGGCGUGCGCGGUCGCAGUCUAAAUCUGCAAGCUGGUGUUGUGGAGAGUACGGAGAACAUUUACAAAUAUCACAUGCAGUUGCAACCUAACUUCACGAAUAGCAACGGUUCCGGUGCUAGAACUCCGCCUCAACCGCUGGUGCAAACUCCGGUCGGCGCUAACAGCCAGAGUCACAGUCGGUCGUCCAGUCAUUCUAGCCUACAAAGCGGUAAAAAUGUGCCUCUGAUAAGCAGUACCGGUUCGCAACCCCAAGUGAAGGAAAAGCCUGAACAAACUAAGUCGUAGUGAAUGCCCUACCAUCACGAUACAUCGAGAAGACAUCGUUUCCCAAGUCGUUACGCUUGGCAUAGAAGCUUUCAACAUGAAACUGUCGCUAAACUGUUUCUUGCAAGGAAUAUAAUCUUUAUAUUUGCGAAGUAUUAAACUUGUAUAACGAGAAGCUUGCCGACUUGCAUAGUUACAAGCAGCUGACGAGACGAGACGUGCAAAAUUAUUUAAUUUUGCCCUAUUGCUGAUACUUUUACCGGCUGUUUAUCACGAGAAACAUAUUACUUUAUAUCUUUGUGUGUCUAGUAAUGUCUCCCCGGUUUAUCUUCAUACGAAGGCUUCGGAAAAUUUCUUCGAAGCGAUUUUCUUAAUGGAGAGACCAAUGUACUUAUUAGACUGAUACACAUAGGAAAAAAAUGUCGCUUUUAUGAAUAAGUUCAUAAAUAAUAAUUAUACACUGAAGAAUACCUCUUGCAGCACAGCAGAACAUAAUUAUUUUUUAUCUUGGAACCACUUUUCCUUGUGCUUUGUUAACAUUAAUUUGAGAUAUAUAAUACCUUACGAAAGAAUACGUUACAAUAAAAUAAUUUAAUGUUAAAAUUUUGUAUAUAAUAUUAUAGAGCUUCAACUACUAUACUGUCCUGAAAUAUGCUUGUGCAUUCGGAGUAACUUAUUCCUAUCACUAGAAUUAUUUAAAGAAGUUACCCCUAUUUAUUUUCUAAUUUUUACUCUCUUUAAAGUGAGCUUUCUUGCUGCUUUUUAAGAAUUAAUCUCUCGCUCGUUAAAUAUUUUAUCUUCUUUCAUAAGCACAAUAUUACAAACGGAAUAUAGUAAGAGAGAAUAUUAUAUGAUUACUUUUUUUUAUGUAUUGAAGACAUGUACACUUUAUCUUUUACAAGCUAUUUUGAGGAAUAGUGCAUGAACACUAUUUGAGUGAAUGUAACGAAAAACGUGUUCCCUGAAUAUUCCCUGAUAUUCGAAAGGCAUGUAAGCAACGAUACGCCAAAGAAACUACUCUAAUAUCUAAAAAGGGAAAAGAAAUUUCUUGUAUUAUUGCUCUUGUUACGUAAUACGAUGAUAAAAAUCAGAUUAAGAUAUAUUGCAAAGAUCAAUAUAUAAAUUAUAUUACAUUAGAAGAUAUCCAUAAUGGUUGAACAAUUAUCGGAGAUGAGAAAAAGAAUCGAGCAACAAUGUAUAUAUAUUUAUGUACUAAAUUGUUGUAAUAAAAUAUUGUCAAUAAAUAAAUAAUAUUAAGUAUAA